AUAAAUGAAGAAAGUAGUAGUAAUAAAUAAAUUAGGCACCGACGAAAAAGCAUUGUAGUCAGCGCCCCCAGUAACUGGAAUCCAGACAGAAUCACACUGUCCAAUUACCAAAAUACUAAAAUCCAUCAUUCAUCACUCUUUUCCUUUUCCUUCCUUUUUAUCGAACAAUCUCGAAACUGUGAACAAAGAGAUAGAUAGAUAGGGUUUUAGUACUAUUACUAUGGAAGAUUUCAGAUCCAAAUCCUACGCUGAUGGAAGGAUGCAAAUUGAACCCUACUCUGCACCUUCCAACGGAGCAAGCAGCAACGUUUAUGGCAUGCAAGAUCUACGCUGUUACAGCGCUUCUUAUGCUUCCUCUGUUCAUCCAACCCAAAACCAGAUUGGUAACAACAACGAUGUUAAGUUCAAGAAAGGUAAAUCCACAAAUGGGUCAACUUCAAAAAGUUGGAGCUUUAGUGAUCCUGAAUUGCAGAGGAAAAAAAGAGUUGCUAGUUACAAGGUUUAUUCUGUUGAAGGUAAACUCAAAGGCUCUCUUAGGAAGAGUUUUAAGUGGAUUAAAGAUAGAUGCAACAGAGUUGUUCAUGGUUGGUAGUGUACUGCUUUCAAAUUGAAAUUGAAAUUGAAAUUGAAAUCAAACCCUAAUUUUUGUUAUUUUGGGGGGUGUUGAGUCAUCAUCUGAAUCGAAAUUACAAACAACUGGGGUUUGUCAUAUUUAUAUAUAUGAAUAACUAUUAUUUGUUUGCCUUGUUUAUUUAUUGAUUGAUUAGUGUUUAAGGAUCAUUGGAUUGUAAUUUGUAAUAUGGAAGAGGAAUUGUGAUUUAUGUGUUCUUCAAUAUGCAGUUCAUUUUUGUAAAGAGUGUAACUAAUAAAUAAUCUUGCUUGUUUAGUGCUUCAA